GAGAGAGCGAGAGCAGAGCGCACGCGGGCUUCGUCAUGGGGGAAACCAUGGAAGCGCCGCAGGGCAAAACCAUGAGGCUCCUCCUCCUCGCGCUCAACUGCGCCAUGGCUCGCCCUCGGCACGUGCGGCGGCCCGCUCCUCAUGCGCCUCUACUUCCUCCACGGUGGCGCCCGCGUCUGGCUCUCCAGCUUUCUCGAGACGGGCGGCUGGCCCAUCAUCUUUGUCCCCCUCGUGGUAGCCUACUUCCGCCGCCGCUUCGCUGAGGGCCCCUCCGCCCGCCUCGUCCUCAUGGACCCUUUCCUCUUCGUCGCCUCAGCUGUCAUAGGGGUUCUCACAGGCCUCGACGACUACCUCUACGCGUACGGCGUGGCACGGCUCCCCGUCUCCACGUCGGCCCUGCUCAUCGCCACGCAGCUGGCCUUCACAGCCGGGUUCGCGUUCCUCCUGGUGAGGCAGCAGUUCACGUCGUAUACGAUCAACUCGAUAUUCCUGCUGACAAUGGGGGCAGGGAUUCUGGCGAUGCACACGAGCAGUGACCGGCCGGCGGGGGAGUUGGACGGGGCGUACUAUGCGGGUUUCUUCAUGACGCUCGGGGCGGCGGCGCUCUACGGGUUCGUACUGCCGCUGGUGGAGCUGACGUACAAGAAGGCCAAGCCGGCUGUCACAUACUCGCUGGUGUUGGAGAUUCAGUUGGUGAUGUGCUUCUUCGCCACAGCUUUCUGCACCAUCGGCAUGCUGAUCAACAAGGACUUCCAGGCGAUUCCUAGAGAAGCAAGGAGCUACAAGCUCGGAGAAGCCCGAUUCUACGUGGUGCUCGUGUGGACCGCGAUCCUCUGGCAAUUUUUUUUCUUAGGAGCCAUAGGAAUCAUCUUUUAUGCCUCCUCUCUAUUCUCAGGAAUCAUGAUCGCCCUUCUUCUCCCGGUCACUGAGAUCCUAGCCGUCAUAUGCUUCCACGAGAAGUUCAAGGCGGAGAAAGGCGUGUCCCUUGCCCUCUCGCUCUGGGGCUUUGUUUCAUACUUCUGCGGGGAAUUGAAACUUGCCAAGAAGGAAAAAGAAGCAGCUGCGGCAGCAGCAGCAGCGGAGGCGGCAGUGGCAGAUUAGACCUCCAGAGACCAAAAUACAUUAACAAGGCCUUCCCC